CUGGCAUGAGACUUCAGGAAUAAGCAUUUAUAAGAUGUGAUUUUCAGUAUUAUUUCAAUGUGUGUUUAAUACAGCUAAAGAAGAUACUGUAAUGUAUUUAAUCUGCAGCAAAUUGUCCAAAGCACUAUUUUGACUCUAGCAAAACAGUACUGUCGACUGCUUUUACUUCAGUCUCAAUUCAUUUGUUAAAACUAAUAAAGUUGAAAAUUAAAGCACAGGUUGGAAUUUACUAUGAAGUGUUAUUAAUGAUGCAACAGGCCAAUUGGAAACCAACGUUUAUUUCCUGCAUCAAGGUGGUGCACCUGCUCACAGCAGCUAAACCCCCACCUCUCCCAUAGACUACAGUACCCAGAGCGCACCGCGCGCUCUCCACUCGCUCUCCGCUGCGCCAGUCCGCCCCGCUGACUCGAAGAACCAGUUGGCUUGGCCCAGCUUCUUCUUUCCUGCCUCCUCACUGUGUGUGCUGCUGCUGCUGUUGUUGCCUAGUGUCAACCUACGCCGAGGAGAAAAAGAAGACCUAUCCCACUUUCUGUUCCUCUUCAGGGGGCCUCCGCUCUCCUCCUCGCCGGUACCACUGGCUUCCGUACCGCGCCAGUUAACUCGCCUCCUUUCCCAGCCCGAGUUGAUCAGCAACAGCUCGGAAACAUCUGGCCGCCGCAGAGUGCUACACUCCCCGUUCCUGCGCCUGCUCGCCUCGGCAGCCUGUUAUGGAAAUUAGUCUAAAGUCAAUCUAAUUGGUCUCAGAAGAGAAGGAAGGGGGGAUUGGACGGAGGGAGCGGGGAAGACGGUGGACCCUGUUGUCUGUUAUGAGGACGGCAGGAUGGAGUUCCCAGACCACAGCCGGCAUUUACUCCAGUGUCUGAGCGAGCAGCGGCACCAGGGCUUCCUGUGUGACUCCACGGUGCUCGUGGGCGAUGCUCAGUUCCGUGCCCACCGUGCUGUGCUGGCCUCCUGCAGCAUGUACUUUCACCUGUUCUACAAGGACCAGCUGGACAAAAGAGACGUGGUGCACCUCAACAGCGACAUCGUCACAGCUCCGGCCUUCUCCCUGCUGCUGGAGUUCAUGUACGAAGGCAAGCUGCAGUUCCAGGACCUUCCCGUAGAGGAUGUGCUGGCAGCAGCCAGCUACUUGCACAUGUAUGACAUUGUCAAGGUGUGUAAGAAACGUUUGAAGCAGAAAGCUACGGCAGAGGCAGACAGCACUCGCAGAGAGGAGGAUGGCGGAUCCAGCUGCUCCGAUAAGGCCGACAGUCUGUCUGAUGGUUCGACGGGUCGGCCUGCUACCGCUGACCUGCUGCACAGUGAUGAAGAGGAGGAGGUGAAGGCUGUGGGAGGUCCUCUGUGGUUGAGGCUACCGCCUGGAGAAAGACCUAGAACGCCAGCCAUGGCUACAACCAGCCCGGGGCACGGUGAGGCCGAGACGCAACCAGGUGAAGGGCUCGGGGAGGGCGGGAAGGUGCUGUCCCCAGCCGGCAGCCCCAGCAGUUCCACUGGGUCUCUGUCCCAAAGGUCCCAUCGCUCAGUGAACUCUCGAAUAGGACACAGAGGCAGGAGGGUGUCGAACGACGCUGCCGACUGUGUCCUUGACCUGUCAGUCAAACCAAUCGCCAGUAGCAACCACAGCACUCACCAUCAGUCCUAUUUCAGUGGGGCAGCUACGCCAGACAGCCUGCAGAGCCCAUUGGCUGUGAGGGUUAAGGUGGAGAGAGGAGUGGCUUCAGAUGAAGAAGAGGAGCUGGGUGGUGGGGACUAUGACAUGGAGCACAGUGGCCUCACCAAAACCUCGCUUUCCAAUGCAAACGGGGGUCUGACCCACCACGGGGUCGGGGGUCCUCUCUCAGCCCAGCGCAGGCUGGGGUUGGAGGCGCACCUGUCCGCUCUGCGAGAGGCGUCCCUGGCCUCGGAGCUGGAGCGCGACGAGAAGCCUGCGGCCCCCGCAGACGACGAGGACUUACUGGGGGGAGAAAACGAGCGUGCUCAGGCAGAGGUAGCCAGCAUGGAUAACUCACUGCUGCCUUACGUCUCCAACAUGCUGUCUGCACAACACACCCAGAUCUUCAUGUGCCCGCUGUGCAACAAAGUUUUCCCCUCCCCUCACAUCCUCCAGCUCCACCUCAGCUCCCACUUCCGGGAGCAGGAGGGCAUCCGCUCCAAGCCUGCUGGAGACGUCAACGUCCCCACCUGCACCAUCUGCAGCAAGACCUUUUCCUGCAUGUACACACUGAAGCGCCACGAGCGGACACACUCUGGAGAAAAACCCUACACCUGCACCACCUGUGGCAAGAGCUUCCAAUACUCACACAACCUCAGCCGGCACGCGGUGGUGCACACACGCGAGAAACCGCACGCCUGCAAGUGGUGCGAGCGCCGUUUCACGCAAUCUGGGGACCUCUAUCGACACAUCCGCAAAUUCCACUGCGAACUGGUCAACUCGCUGUCGGUGAAGAGCGAACCGUUGGCGCUGCCUAAUGUCAGGGAUUGGGCGAUAGAGGACAGCUCCCAGGAACUGUGGAAGUAGAAACAGACUUCUGGGUUUGACAAAGGGAAAGAUCCCGGGAAGGAGAGAAGAGCAGGGAGGCUUGGGGAGGUAAAGGGAGGCGGAGUUUGAAGUGAGUCGCGUCCACGUUUGUUGCAACAUCUCAUUCAGCUGCACUUUAAUAGAACAUGAAAAAUGUUACUACUGAGUUCUUUUGUCGUUGCUAUGUUGGGGUAAAUUAAUUUUAUUUUUUAACCCGUAUUUCCUUAGGAAUUCUUUCCUAGCGUUGGUUCUCCUCAGUUUGUGGUUACAUCCGUGUCUAGGACACAGUGAGAACACGCCUCACCUCUGGGUAAGAGGUUGAACUCCCAUCCGUCCCGGUCGCUCAGACCGCAAACAGCCCAGCAGCAGCACAGGUCGAACACACUGAAGUGAAAGAGCGUUACAAUACACUAAACGGGUACUGUGAUCGCCACACAGUUGAAGAAGAGUGUGUGUGUGGGUUAAUGCACUACUUUGGCAAAAAGUCAGCUUAUUUGCGUAAGUGUGUAUGCGUGUUUUUGCGUGUGUUCAUUUUUUUUGUUUUUUUUCUCUACUAGCUUGAAGGUCUGGCUGGCGAAGCCCCCCCCCCCUCAUUAAGCUCUUUGCAUUCAGGGGAAAGCUGACUGACUGACAGACAAACCGAUGGCACUCAUGCAAUGCACAGCCUCCUUUUUUCACUUCCAGUCGAUCUGAAGUAUUUUCUAAACACAAGAAGACCUUUACAAGUAAAAAAAAUUAUUAUUAUUAUUAUUGUUAUGGAUAGAUUUUUUUAUUUCUUAAAUCUAGCUGGCAGUCUUUAAAACAUCUCUUGUUUAAAGAAGAUAUUUAAUUUAAGGUUGUUGUAUAUUGUUCCGCUAUAGUUUUAAAACUUUAAUCUUUCGCAUUUUUUAACUUAAUAAUUAUUAUUAUUUUUUUGUUACCUUUUUUUUGUAAUGGGACCUGCUGUUGUUGCAUGAUGUCCAAACCUGUAUAUUUUAAAAGAAAAAUGUGAACUUGCUGUAUUACUGUACACCUUGUAAGUGAUCAAAUAUUUGACAACAGGCUUUGCUUUUGUUUCUUUUUUUCUCAGUGAUUAUCACUCCAGGGUGCGGUCUGUUGAAAACCCGAAUUUCUUUCCCGCAAAAAGCGGGAAAAACAAAAUGCAUGAACAUCUGACUUUUGUCUUAAACCCUCAUGCUCUUGGGUUUUCUUUUCUUUCUUUUUUUUUUGCAUCGGGGCAUAUUUGGACAACACUCCUCUGACAGUGAGAAUCUGUUCUCGUAGUUCUGUGGUUGGGUUUCCAGGAGAAUCUUUGGAAAAAGCGUGCUGGAUGUUGCAGCGAUAAAAUGAAGCGUUUCAAGCCUGUGUCUUUAUGCACUGAUUUCUCACCCGUGUGUGUGUGAGUUUGUGUGUGUGUUUUUUAUGAGCGUGUGACUCGGUUAGUACCAGUCAAUUUAAUCUACUGAGGAUCUACGACGGCCCAGCACUUCCUCCUCCUGCUCCUCCUCAGGCGUUAAAAGUCUCCUCCGCUUUAAGUUUCAUUUCCCAUGUGUCCAUCCUUUACAAGCCGUUUUUCUUUUUCUUUUCUUAAACUAUCUCUGCGGAUUCUGCCUUUUUUUUCAGGUCUGUGUCGUGCAGUUUUGUGGCUUGGUUGAGGUGUAACUGAUACAGAGGAAGGGAAAAGGAGAGAGGCUAAACCUGAACUCUCCAGCUGAAAGUUGAAGGGUCAGAUAUCUGUGUCACGCCGCUUCUUGGUUUUGAGCGACUCUGAGCCGGGCUGACCGGACACGUCACCUCACUCGGCGCUCCAGAAGCGGCGGAUUUCGCCAAAUAUCUGCAGCCUCCUCUCCAGGUCCUCGCCUUGAGACCGACCGGAGAGAAUCAGCCUGCCUGAAAGCACCUUUUUAAGCUAAAAGAUAUGGAUUUUUGCUGAAAAGAUGGCUGUAUUAAAAAGGAAGAAAAAAAAUCAAGUUAUGGAAGUAUUUAAUACUGUAGAGCAUUGAAAAAAAGGGUUGGGGUUAUCAUGUAAAUUCACAAAAUUUAUUGAAUCUAUCAGACUAAUAUUGUCAUAUUUUGAAUCAUGUAAUCGAUAAAGUUUUUGUUGUGUCCGGGUUGGGGGGGGGGCUGCGUCCGUUUAUUUUUAUUUUAAUCUCAAAGCUGGUUUUGAAUUUUGAAAAGAUGGUCAAGCGUUUAUGCAAUCCAAAAACAUUUGGCAGAAACACAGACGCUGUUUUUUGUUGUUGUUGUUGUUUUGUGUUUUUCUCCUCCUCCUCCUCCUCUUCGUCAGUGUGUGUGCACAUGUGCACGUGCACGCCCUGUCAUCUGGUGGCACCUGCAGGCUUUGCCAAUGCAACAGUGUGGGUGACAUUGCGGCAGUUUGCACCACAUCGUCUAUUUCUUGUCUCAAAAUGUUAUUUCUUCACUGGCAGCGUCUCUACAUAUGGGCUCCCUCCAUCCUGCUGUUGUUUUCAUCACUACUGCUGUUGAGGGAAUUUUUUUUUCCCCUUUUAUAUUUCCUGUUCUGUUUUACUUGACAGCCUUAAACUGCUGUAGUCCGAGCUACUUUGAUUUCUUUUUUAAAUGAAGUGCGUGUGGGUUGGAGAUGCAGUGUCCUGUGAAACAACCAUCCCCACGUUUUUUUUUUUUUCAUUUGCUGUGCUUACUUGAAAACAAAUGGGGGAGACUUUUUUUUAAGGCAAGUUAAAAUGUCCUAGACAGUUUAUCCGUUAAUGGAAUAACAUGAAGUGUUUGUGGGGGGGGUGACAUGACUGAGUCUAUUUGACAAAGGACAAUCACAGUCUGGGGCGGGUGUGGGGGGGUGCAAGCAGAUUUUGAUUGGAACAUAUUUGCUCCCUGUUGAGAUUACAGUAAUUCUGAGUUUCUUUUAUGUUCCUUCUUUGGAUUUAGUCAUUUAGCUUUGACAAUCAUAGUUGGGUUGACUUUUAUUUUUUUCUCAAGGGGAGUAAAUCUAAUUGUGUUUAGUUUUGUAAUUUUUUGGUGUGCUGUUGUUGAAUUUUUAAAUUGUGUGCAAACUGCAAUAAAUUAUAAGAAUCUUGAACUUCAA